AUGCAGAUCCGGGUACUCUUCACUUUCCGUCCAACCGUUGACUCAUUCCUCCGCUCCUUUCCCCGCCAACCCCGCCAACUUCGAUAUUCCUCAACCAACCAACCCAGCAAUUGCAAACCAGGAAUGGAUCAAAACGAACACCAGCCAGAUGCCCAUCGGCGUCCGAAGAAACUAAUCUUCGCACCAGGCGACAUUGCACCAAACUCCAACGAACCAACCCCAGAACCACAACCCCAAGCAAUCCCCACCCCAACAACCACCCUAGAAGCCCUCCGCACCUCAACCUCAACCCCAAACUCCACAACCGAAACCGAAGUCCUCUCCAAGGCCGCGCGCGCCCACCAAUUCGGCACAAACCCCCCGUUAACAAUCUCCCAAAUCCACGGCACAAACCCACUACACCAAUUCAACACCUGGUUCCGCGACCCCCCGCCUCCCAGCCUCCUCCGCCCCAGAAACAUGCACUCUAUCAACAGCCUCGCUCCCCUCCGGCCGCGUCAGCGCACGCGUCAACUCGACGAGCGCGGCUGGGUCGUCUACAGUAACUGGGGUAGUCGGGAAGGCAAAGGCGGACAGGUUUUCGGAGGCGAGAGUGGUGAUACGCUAGAUGCCAUGCCGGAACCGGAAUCGGAUUCGGAAGAACCUUCCAUCACGGCGGAGGUCGGGUCUGGGAAUAAAUGGGGCGCGCUGACGUUUAGCUGGGCGAGUGUUGAGCGGCAGGUGAGGGUUGAGGGGUUGCUUGAGCCGCUGAGGAGGGAGGAGAGUGAGAUGUAUUGGCGGACGCGUGAGCGCGGGAGUCGUAUUGGGGGAUGGGCGAGUUGGCAGAGUCGGGUUUUGUGGGCUGCGGAGCCGGCGCAGAUGGAGGAGAAUCAGAGGAGGAAGAGUGUGGUGAGCUUACAGGGAGAUGGGGAUGGGGAUCGGGUUAUUCCGCUGGAUAUUGAGCAGACGGAUGUUGAGGAUGGGCGGGCGUUGUUGGAGGCUAAGGUUAAAGAGAUGGAGGAUAAAUUCGCGGGUGUUGAGGAUAUUCCCUUGCCGCCGUUUUGGGGUGGUGUUAGGCUUGUGCCGGAGUCUGUGGAGUUCUGGCAGGGACGUCGGAGUCGCUUGCAUGAUCGGUUCCGGUAUGUGCGUGUUGAGGGACAGGGGGAGGAUGCUAAGUGGCGAGUUCAGAGGUUGUCGCCUUGUAUUUCCACAGCGGCCAUGUCGACCUCAACGCCCCCGUCAAUCCCUCACUCCUCCACAUCCCCCUGGAUCAUCCUCGCAAUAACGAGCGGCGCCUUCGCUGCAUUGAACGGUGUUUUCGCAAAAUUAACCACGGACGACCACACAACGGCCUUCGCACAGUCCCUCGCCCACGUCUUCGGUCUGGAGUCAUCGCCCGUGAUCGAGAUGCUUACUCGAGGUGCCUGUCUCGGCCUAAACGUCCUCUGCAACAUAAUAAUGUGGGCGCUCUUCACACGCGCGCUAACGGCCGGCCCAUCCACCGUUAAAGUCUCCAUCACCAAUACGGCGUCGAAUUUCUUGGCGACGGCGGUGUUUGGGAUGAUUGUUUUUCAGGAGGCUGUUGGUGGGCUUUGGUGGUUGGGGGCUGCCAUGAUGGGGGCUGGGUGUAUUUUGGUUGGGAUGAGGGAGGGGGCUUAG